AUGAUGUUUGAGCAACUUGACUUUGCUAGAUUUUAUCACAAGAGUAUCGAUGAGCGAGAUCAGUUCUGCCGCGAGUUGAUUACCGGCUUGAGGAAUUCCGGCUGGGUCCGACUAGUCAAUCACGGAAUUCCUUCGUCAAAUAUCAACCAGACAUUCGAAGCUAGUCAAAAAUUCUUCAAACUCCCUUUGGAGCAGAAAUUGAAAUCACCUCAUCCUCUCACGGCUCAUCCCCACCGAGGUUUCAGUCCCGUGGGCUUGGAAAAUAUAUCGGCUGUUUCCAAUUAUCGAUCUUCGGCCACACAGCCCUUACUUCGGGAUAUGAAGGAAACCUAUGAUAUUGGAUCGGAACAAGAUCCGCUGUACUCCAAUAUCUGGCCCCCGGCAGGAAUUCUGGAUGGUUUUCAGAUGAUAAUGAACUCCUUCUUCUCGGUCUGCUAUGACGCUGAGUUGAAAAUUUUGGAUGCUAUCUCAAUCGGCCUGGGACUACCUGUGCACGCACUGCGUGAAUUGCACGUCAUGAAGACCAACGAGUUGCGUCUCAGCCACUACCCAGAAGUCGAUCGGGCCGAAUUUGCCAAUGCCACACGAAUUGCAGCACAUACAGACUUUGGCACCAUUACUCUAUUGUUCCAGGACGAUGUCGGUGGAUUAGAGAUGGAAUAUCCCUGUGGUAGCGGACUGUUCGUGCCAGCUGAAAGCUGCGGCCGCUAUGAGUGUAUUCUCAACGUCGGUGAUUGUCUUCAAAUGUGGACAGGCUUGCAUAGUGCCCGGCACCGCGUGCAUGUGGCGGCGAAGAAUAAAAACGAGGGGCUAAUUAGUGAACGCUUCUCAAUUGCGUAUUUUGCCAAGCCUGAUAGGUCAGCAAUUCUCCGUCCACUAGUGAAUUCGCCGGCGGCGGAAAGCCAGCCAAUUGAGAAGUUCAUGACAGCUAAUGAGUUCCAACAUAUGCGCAUCGAGGGUACAUAUGCUCAGUAG